AUGAGUGCCUUUCGGCGCCUCUCCUUCGUAGGUGGUAGCAGUGAUGAUACGGAGGAAGAUCGAAGACAGAGCCCGCACCGUCAUCAUCCUCACCUCCAUCGUCGCAAGAAGGAUUAUUCAGUUUCGCCAACUGGUGGAAACAGACCCGUUUCGAUAACUGCAGAUCCCCGGCUCCCCGCACCACCACCACCUUUGAGCGAGAAAUCUACUUCAUCCAGGCUUGGGAGAAGUCACACAUCUAAACCUGAUCUCGGGGUGGAAGUUAGAAGGCACAAGUCGCGAUCGGAUAAAGAGUCGUCGUCCUCGUCGUCGCGGAAACACAGAUCGAGGACCGAGAGUACUUCUAGAGCUGGUGGUGAAAAGGAAAGCAGGAGACAUAAAUCGCGAUCGGAGCUUUCAUCAACAGCUCCGGCCAGGGAAAAUUCAUCGCGACAUUCGAAUUCACACUCUAACUCGUCGCGGUCCGACAGCCCGGGACGGAAACAUUCGUCAAAGUCGAGGAAACAUCGAUCGGAAAGGUCCGAAGCAGCUCCAGCAGAGCUUAGAGCGGCGGCGCCUUCCACGCCAAUAGCAGUGCCGAUGCAGGGCCAAAUGUCGGAACCACUUCAGAUGCCCGAGCCAUUUCAAACAUCCCAACAAUUCCCGUUGCCCGAUCCUUUGCAAAUCAUAGAUAUGUCAAAGACAUUAUCGAAUUCCCCACCAUCUUCCGGUUCUUCAAUGGGAAUCAUCAUUGGUGGGAAUCGGAAUAGAAGUGGUAGCACUCCAAGUACGCCAAUGAUCACUGCUACACCACCAACGCCCUCUCCGUUUGAGCAAGCCCGGCGUUCAAACACACAUCCUAGCUUUUCAACCCCCGCGCCCCCAGGCUUCUCGCGCACUGGCUCGAUACCCCCGCCAUAUCCACAAACCCCGCCAACUUCUGGUGGUGAAAUGAGCGGCCAAGAUUAUAUCGACUAUGCGGUAUCAAAAAUCGGUAUUGGUAAGCCGGACCAAAACAGUCUGCUCCACCGUUACCGUACCAAUUUCGAUCCCCGCCCCGGAACCUUUGAGCUCAGCUCUGAACCGGAACCUAUUGAGAUUGGGAGCAGUGAUCAUGGGACUAUCGAACAACCCCAGCGACAAGAUUCGGGAAAGAGUUUCAGCAGUAGCGGGAACGUGAAUAUAAAUGCGAAUGGGAAUGGAUCCCAGCAUCAACGCGGGCACGGCAGCGGACAUGGAAGUGGACACGGCGAGAUCCAUGUGAAAAUUAAGCGGCACUCCGCAACAAGUGGUACUUUAUCUCGAAGGGGUCUUGGUAGAAAUAGUGUGCGUGAAAAUCAAUACGACUUUCUGCGAUCUUUCGAUACUGUCUUCAUCAUUGAUGAUUCUGCCUCCAUGGAGGCCUUCACCCGCUGGCCUGAUACUCGGAUCGCCCUCGAAACCAUCGCGACCAUUGCCACAAAGUAUGAUACUGAUGGUAUUGAUAUACACUUCCUUAACUCAACAAAGCACGAUGCACGGAAUGUCAAAUCCGCCGCGGAGGUGCACCGACUAUUCGAUCGUGUCCAACCUGGCGGAAUCACUCCUAUCGCGGCGUGCCUGGACCGCAUACUAAGGGAUUAUCUGGAUUCAUACGCUGCUGUCCGGACAAGUGCUCCUGGAUCACCACCCAUGACGCCCCUUUCUCCGGGGUUCAAUACUGCUCAGUAUCCCAAGCCACUCAAUAUCAUCAUUUUGACCGAUGGCGAGCCAACGGAUGAUCCAGAGAGUGUAAUCGUGGAUGCCGCUAGGAGACUCGAUAUGCUUAACGCACCUUUGCACCAGGUUGGGAUUCAAUUCUUCCAGAUUGGUGACGAGGAGGGUGCUCGUGAGGCGCUAGAGGAUCUAGACGAUGCAUUAGCAGAAAUAUAUGGCAUCAGAGAUAUGGUUGAUUAUACGCCUUAUCCGGACGGUCAAAACGAAGGGGAUGGUAGAGAGGGAGGUGGUGUUGACGGAGAGUGGAUACUAAAGGUUCUAAUGGGAGCAGUCAACAGGAGGUUAGAUCGAUGGGAGAACAAGCAUGGGAGGUAG